UUUUUAAGCAUCAAUUAAAAAUUUAAAUUCUUAUAAAAACAAAUUCAUGUCGAUGUUUUCGUAUAAAUUAUUGUAAAUUUUAUGAUAUCUUCUAUAUCAUGGAUUAUCGAAGCAUUCGAAUAGAUGUAUAAAUAUUUUUUACUUUAGUCAACAAAUAACAAAAAAAAAAAAAAAUAUCAACAGAAAAAGAGUUGUUGGAAAUGUCUAGCGAAAGAGUUUGUUUGGAGCACAACUAUUUCAGUUUCGAUGCGAGUCAUCUACAAAAUAAUAGUUUACUGGACACAGUGGAUGUGGGGAAAAGUAAAAAGCCAAAAUUGUCACACUCAGAUAAUCAAGAUUGCAAUGGUGAUGCCAUUGCGGGUCCAUCAAAUGACGAAUCAACGCCAAAAAUAUUUAAAUUGAACAUCGAUUGUUUGGAAGAAAUAUUUGAAUAUUUGAACGUGAAAGACCUGCAUUCAUUCGGUAAAACAUGCAGGCGAAUGAACAAAGUGGCCGGCGAAUAUUACAAACAAAAUUAUUCAUCGGCUGAUAUAAGAUGUGAAAAAGAUGGAAUUUACAUGUACGAAGGUUACGUAAAAGAGCGUAUAUCUGGUUUCAAUAAGUUCAUUCCAUGUAUUUCAUAUUAUGGUGAUGAUCCAAAUGACGAUCUCGGUCCAGUUAAAUAUAUUAAAUCUCAUAUAAAUGAAUUUGAAUCAACUAACCACAUUCAUCUCGAGGAACUAAGCAUAAAUAAAACAAGAAUUGGGUAUUUUAAAAAAUUGUUGCCCCAACUGGAAAUUGUACGGCAUCGAGAAUGUUCGGUGGAUGGUGAUUUUUACGAUUUGUUACUGAAAUACUGUAAAAAUUUGAAAGAGAUUCAUGUUCAAAACUGGGAUGUCGGUAAUCGAAGAAAAGUUAAACUCAACUGGCUAUUACAAAAAUAUCCCAAGCUUGAACGUUUUGAGUUGAGACCUUCUAAGCCCUGUCGAAUUGAAGAGCUACGUGAGUUUUUCGUACGCAAUCCAAAUGUACAGAGAUUUUCAACUACUGCAAGAUUUUUGUGGAAAAAUGAUGACAUAUUUUUAAAUUCCAAUGCAAAAUUGGAUAUAUUGGAACUUGAAGGAUUUAACAAUUAUUGUCCUUCGUUCAAAGGGAAGCAGACGUCGGAGAAUAUUUUGGAAUUAUUAAAUCAACUACAUAAAAGAGACUUCUAUAAACGAUUAUACAUUUACGUCAAUAGAGUUAACAAAGAGAUGAGCACUUUAUUCACCUCACUAGAAGGUCUCGAGCUAUUAUGCAUUGAAGAGAGCUUUCAAAAGAGCUAUAAUUUAGCUCAAUUGACCAAUCUGAAAGAAUUAAUUAUGUUUGGAUCGAAAAUUCCUAAGUAUAUGGAGAUUUUAGCAAAUGGCCUAACAAAACUCGAACGUCUUUACAUUCAUUCGGCUAGCAUUGGUGACAUUAUGCCAUUCAUUCGUCGAUCACCGAAAUUGAACAAAAUCAAAUUCAUACCUCCAUAUUACUCGACGGGUGUAGUUUUGAAUUUGGCAAUGUUGAAUAAGGAACGUGCCAAGUUGACCGGAGCACGAAAAAUAAUAAUUUAUACACGUGAUGAUGUUUUCUUGGCUACCAAAUGGACGACCAGAAACGGUAACACCAAUUUAAGUUUCAUCGAAAUGAGACGAGUGGAUUCGAUUAAAUGGAAUCAUUAUUUUCAAACACAAUUUUUUGGAUAGGAAUAUAUUAUUCAAAUCAUCAAUCAGAUCAAUGAAUUUAAAAUCUUUUCAGAUUUAGUUUUGAGAAAAAGCUAUAGACCUUUAUAUAAUACUUCACGACACUUUUUAAAUUUAAGAAGUAAAAAAGUACAAAAAAUUGAUUCCAAUAUAGUCUAAGUAAACUUUUGAAUACAAAGAAGUCCAAUCAAACAAGUCUUUUUCUUUCGAAAAAUGUAAUCGAAAGUACAGCACACCUUUGUGUUUGAUAAUUCAACUUGAAUUUGACACAAAUGUUAAUGGAUAGGCCGCAUGGUAACCGCAUCGAUUUUAAAUACAACUGGCUGUUACAAGAAUAUCCUAAGCUCGAACGUUUAGAAUUGAUGCCUCGUGAUUCUUAUCAAUUUGAAGAGCUACGUGAAUAGUUCGAACGCAAUCCAAAUGUACAGAUAUUUUCAACUACUGCAAGAUUUUUGUGGAAGAAUUGUGACACAUUUAUAAAUUCCAAGGCAAAAUUGGAUAUAUUGGAACUCAGAGAAUUUGACGAUUGGUCUUCAGAAAGGAAGAAGACGUCGGAAAAUAUUGUAGAAUUAUUAAAUCGACUUCAUGAACAACGCUUUUAUAAGCGAAUAUUCUUUUUAUAUUUAUGAAGUUGAACUUCAUUUGCCUCGCUCAAAGGUCUCGAACUAUUGUGCAUUCGAUGUUUUAACGAGAGUUAUACAAUAAUCUAGCUCAAUUGACCAAUUUGAGAGAAUUGAUCAUUCUGAAUGCAUUGAAAGUCAAGAAUAUGGAGAUUUUAGCAAUUGGCCUGACAAAACUCGAACGUCUUUAUAUUGAUUGGGCUAGCAUCGAUGACAUUAUGCCAUGAGACGAUUGAAUUCGAUAAAAUGGAAUCAUUAAGUAUUAUUAAAUACAGUUUUUCAGAAUAGGAAAUCAUUAUUCAAAUCAUCAAUCAGAUCAAUAUUCCACUUGAAUUAGAAAUCUUUUCAGAUUCAUUCUUGAGAAAAAGCUAAAGAAGUUUGUCUUUUUCUUGCAAUUUAUAUAUUUAACGAUACUGAUGUAAGUAGUAUGUAAAUGCCGGUUUCAUCCACGUUUUUCAGUAUUAGUGCACACACAUACACAUAUAUACUCACACACACACAUGGUGUUAAUUUAUUUAAUUGAUGUAGUGAGUGUAUUGAUUGACAAUAUGAAAAACAUUGACUGACAUGAUAAUUUUUUGAAAUGAUUUUUUCAUGAUAAUCAAAACUAAAUCAAUCCGAUCGAAUACUUAGAUCAAAAAACAACAC